UCACUUUGUCUCGAGUAACUCUAACGAAUGGAUAUCCAGGUCUAAAGGAAAAGCGAGACACUUCUCUCUGAGUCCUUGUUGCGCAAAAUCCACCUAUUCGAUUUUAAGGCACAGUGGAGAGACAGGACUGUGCUCACGGCAGGUAUUUAGCCCUGUUAAGUCUGCUUUAAUGAUGUUUUACGUCAAGGAGCGUUCGUGAAGCUGAGCGUUCACGGGGGAAAAUGAUGUGAAGGAGACAGCGCGUAAAGACAUCUGCGCAAAAGUUGGCCAUGGCAGCUCUCCGGCGGAAGUUCGGCGAGGACUAUCACCAGGUGGUGAACCCGACGCGCGGCGGCGCGUUCUCGGCUCCGGUGAAGAAAAAGCGGCAGCGCUUCGUGGAGAAAAACGGCCGCUGCAACGUGCAGCACGGCAACCUGGGCGGAGAGACGAGCCGCUACCUGUCUGACCUCUUCACCACGCUGGUGGACCUGAAGUGGCGCUGGAACCUGCUCAUUUUCAUCCUGACCUACACGGUGGCCUGGCUGUUCAUGGCGUUCAUGUGGUGGCUGAUCGCCUACGUGCGCGGAGACCUGGAGCGCGCGCGCGACUCGUCCUACACGCCGUGCGUGGCCAACGUGUACAACUUCCCGUCGGCCUUCCUCUUCUUCAUCGAGACCGAGGCGACCAUCGGCUACGGCUACCGCUACAUCACGGAGAAGUGCCCCGAGGGCAUCAUCCUCUUCCUGUUCCAGUCGCUGCUCGGCUCCAUCGUGGACGCUUUCCUCAUCGGCUGCAUGUUCAUCAAGAUGUCUCAGCCGAAAAAACGCGCCGAGACGCUCAUGUUCAGCCAGGACGCAGUGAUCUCUCAGCGCGACGGCAAACUCUGCCUCAUGUUCCGCGUGGGCAACCUGCGGAACAGCCACAUGGUGUCGGCGCAGAUCCGGUGCAAACUCAUCAAGUCUCGUCAGACCCCUGAGGGUGAGUUCUUGCCGUUAGAUCAGUGUGAGCUGGAUGUGGGAUUUGGGACAGGAGCUGAUCAGCUCUUCCUCGUCUCUCCUCUGACCAUCUGCCACGAGAUCAAUCCCAAGAGCCCCUUCUUCGACCUCUCGCAGAGAUCACUCAUGAACGAGCAGUUUGAGAUAGUCGUCAUCUUGGAGGGCAUCGUCGAGACCACCGGUAUGACAUGCCAGGCACGCACCUCCUACACCGAGGACGAGGUAUUGUGGGGACACCGCUUCUUGCCCGUCAUGUCUCUAGAGGAGGGCUUUUUCCGCGUGGACUACUCGCAGUUUCACAGUACGUUCGAGGUUCCCACACCACCCUACAGCGUCAAAGAGCAUGAGGAAAAGGGCUCACUUCCUUCUCCACUCGCCGUGCCGCACCGCGAACGUGUCUUCUCCGUCAACUGCUUGGAGCUGGGGGAAGAGCGGCCCAACCUUGGGGGUAGCGCCUACUGCAGGCUGCCCAGCAAGCUCCAGAGGAUGAGCUCGUCCGGGAAAGAGGAGUUGCCCAAGAAGGUUCUGCGUUUGAGCUCCCAGGCCUCGGAGAAGGCGUCCAGCACGGGCGACUUGCCCCUCAAACUGCAGCGCAUGGGCUCCGGUCCCGGCCAAUCAGAUGACUUCCAUCUCAAAGCCCUCAGGGUGGGCUUCGAACCCAUGACCAUGUCCACCGGAGACCUCGAGCAGAGGAGCCUACCCCCGAUGCCAUCACCCAUCGCCCUGCCACACACUCUUGCUCCUCCACACACUCCUCUGUCUUCAGCUGGAGCCAGAAUGGAGGACAAGCUGCCUGCCAAACUGAGGAGGAUGAACGCUGACCGCUGAGGUCACAGGGACUUUAUUGUUCUUUGUUGCUGAUCUGGGAUUUGACUUGAUUUGGGUCCUGCAUCGGCAUAAAAGAACAACUUCUAACAUACAUAGAGCAUAUAUAAAAGAGGUCACAGGUCAUGGAUGAACUGCAAAUAAAAUCCUGACAUGGAGAUGGAAGGGAGGAUGGAGAAGUUGAAGGACUGGUCCAUGCAUGAACAGAUGGGGUGUUUAGAAGUUUGGAUGUGUGUUUUUUGUGUCCAUUUCACACAUUACUGAACUCUAGAUGGGACUCCUGUUAUUCUGGUCCGUGUGCACCAACCGGUCAUAACCGUUAAAGUUAAGACAGACAGGACUUCCCAAUCAUCCAAAGUUACACAACGAAUACUGACUGAGUUGCUAAGCAGUCUGUAUUAUUAAGCAAAGCUGCUAGUUACUACAUCCAAACAGAACGCACUAAUUUCUACACCCAACACACUUUUCUUUGGCACUCAUAUCAUGUUUUGUACAGUUACUUGAUGCAACUCAGCUUCCAGGGAUGUCCACGAGACAAAAUCAUCUCAAUAACCUUGAAAAAAAAAAAAAGAAAGAAAAGAAAAGAAACAAUCCCAAUUACAAAAAUUCAAAAUAUGUCACUUUUAAACCCAGUAUUGGGCAUAGCAGAUAAAUAAUGCAUGCCGAAAAAUAGCUUAGGGAGAAGACAGAUGCUCCUAGAAGAAAACUCAUUUUCUCUCCUGUUUUCCUCGCACAAGUGUUUGUUGUUUGGUUUUUUGCAAUAAGGAAGUGGUGAAUAUUUUUCGUUUUGAAUAUCACUUCAUUUUUCAACAGAUUUUUUUUUUUUUUUUUUAAAGGAGUGCCGUUUUUGACACCUGACCCAGGCAAAUUCCAGAAGCCAAGAAAUUAGCAACUGCCUCAACAUAAACGACUUCACGCGAUGCAAGUUUGUGGACAUGUCUUUCUCUGAGUCAAAUAGUCAAAUAUUGGGUUUAGCAGAAGAUUCCACAGGAUCAGAGAGAGAAUUUCGAUUGUUUAAAAUAAUUCCACAGAUUUAACAGUCCUUGCUUCAUGCAACUCAGAUUGAGCUGUUCUGGUUAAAAUCUAGUUAGCAUGUAGCCAAUGGAGUUUAGCACUAUAGGGUUAAGAUCGUAUUAAACAAUGCUAAAUCGGUUAGCCGUUUAGCGUUCUACUUGGAGCCUUUUCUGAAAGGGAAAACCUCUGUUGUAGGUGUUUGCAUAGAACCUUUAAGGGUUCGUCUCAGAGGGACACAUCAAAGCAUGUUUGUAUGCUGUAGCAUUACAAAUUCCCUUAACUGGAACGAAGAGGCCCAAACAUGUUCCAGCAUGGCAGUGCUCCUGUGCACAAAGCGAGCUCCAUGAAGACAUGGUUUGCCAAAGUUGGACUGGAAGAACUCGAGUCUCCUGCACAGAUCCCUGACCUCAACCCCAUUAUACCCUAUUAACUCCAUAUUAAUGCCAUGCCUUUGGAACAGGAUGUUCAACAAGCACAUAUGAGCGUCAUGGUCAGAUGUCCACAUACUUUUGGCCAUAGUGUAUACUGAUAGAUUGGUAUCAAAUUACAAUAUACCUAAACAGUUCAAAAGUCGCCUAAGAAAAUCAUGGACCCGGAAGAUCUUAAAGUAGGUGUUAAUCAGUUCUGAACAUAAGCUACAGAGGGACCGUCAGCAAAGUGCGCGUAAUGAAAUGCAUGCUUUGUGAAAAUGCCAAACCAACGUUAUUCAUAACUGCAUCUAUAAACAAUUACAAUAAGCAAAAUGCCUGUGAACCCUAGACUCAGUCAAACAAAGCAUAAAUUGGAAUUAAAAUGAGCAGACGUUCACUGAAACAUGCAUUGAAUGAUGUACAAUUUGACAACGGUGCCUUAAUAGCCAUUUAAUGCCCAACAAAUGCCAGUUAGACAUUAAAAAACCUAUUAAAUAUAGUGUAAAUAUGAGUACACAACGAGUGUGUGUUCUGUUAAUAAGGCAUACGAAUGAAACACUAUUUACGCUCCUGAAUGCUGUUGUUAUUGGAGGUGUGAAUGUGUGGCAAAUAUCACAUAUAAAACUCAUUUUACCUUCAUCGCUGCACAGAUGAAGGAUUUUCAUAACAGUUCUCAUUAUCAUGGGUUAGUAACUGGUUUAUUAUUUUCUUCUUUCUAUAUUAUUCUGCUGCUUCUGUGUAAUAACUACUACCCAGUCCUAGUGCAGGUGGCAGGAAUGAUUGCAAAGCCCAGAUUGUUGGUGGGAGAAAAAAAUAAAAUGCAGUGUCAUUUUCAUGCUACUACUUUAACUCUGAGCUGACUGUUUUUGUUGUUCUGCAGUUUAGGUUUGCAGAUGUCUACUCCCAUGCAAGGAAACAAAAUGUAGAGGCGUUCUGAGUGACACAAGAAAGGCAAUGUCAGUUUGAAAAAGCCUUAAAGUGUCUGAUUAUGUUGAUAUCCAUGCCUGUUCAUUAUGAAUAGGACAGAUUAAAUCCACCUUUAGAUAAACUAUCAGCUGUUUAUACAGUAGCGGUUACCAUGGCAGCAGCUUAUAGUCUGACUUUAUGCUCGCUUAAUACCCAUGUAAAACUAGUAACAAACCGUAUAAUAUAAUAUAUGACCAGUUGGUGCAGCCGAUUUCAUUUACACCCAGAAAGUUAUUAACUUGGUGGUGCAACGGACCCUUAGCACUCUAGCACGUACACACACACACAUGCUCACAUACACACACUCACGAACCAUGUGUGCAUGCAAUUACACUUCACCAUCUUUGUGUAGCACCAUCUCUCAUCAUAGUCCAUUAGUUUGGAAAUGAAUAAAUUCUAUUUAAGAGGC